GCGCGGGGACGGGAGUCUGCUCAUCACUGAGCUGAAGAACAGAAAGUUGCAGAGUGACAGAAUUCACUGCCUUCACCCGAACGGUCCUGUCACUUCCAUCUUGUCGCACACAUCUCAGUUUUUUUAAAAUUUCUUUGAAAUGGGCCCGAUCAGCAUUUUCAACAUUUGCAGCUUUCAACUGACGCUUGCGGGUAUUGAAACCGCAAGGCUCCAAGGCUGACAUCUGGUUUCGGUUCUACAUUGCAUGAACAUGCCACUAAAAAUAAUACUCCAUUUCUCCACCGAUAUCCCCCACCCCCAACAAGCACAUAGACGCGAAAACAGCGCAGGGUCCGUUGUCUCGCUGGUCCUCAAUUGCGAAAGUCUGUGCUCAGUAUGUUUGGAAGAAACGAAUUUAACCCCUUCUUCAUCUUGGUCGUUGUUUGCACAGCAUUCAUCGAGGCUUCUGAAGUAAAACAAAUGCCGGAUGAAAUUAAAAAGUUGGUGGGACAGGAAGCGAAAUUCCAAUGCGCGUUCCCGUUAUUUCAAGAUAAAUCUAAAAUCAGGAUCUUCUGGUGGAAAGAUGGAGAACGGGAAUUCUUCAAAGAGGGACAAGAUCGCAGGAAACGUUUUGUUGUGGAAAAUAAAGCGAGCGGGUUCCUUCAGCUUGAGGACAUGAAGUUAAGUGAUGCCGGAGUCUAUUACUGCAGAGUGGAGGGUGAAUACACUGGAAAUGGAACUGGCACACGGCUCAUUGUAUGGGGUUCCCCAGACCCUUUGAAGAUUUCUCAAAUACAACCUGCUGAUGGUUCUCUAUGGUGUAACACAUCUGGUUUCUAUCCUCCUGAGUAUAGCUUAACAUGGUAUAAAAAUGGUCAAGAAGUUAUGACUAAAGAAGAGAAUAAACAUCAAACAAUGGAUGGUCUAACUGUAGUUUCCAGUCUUUUGAAAGAGGGACAGCCUGUUCAGGAUGGAACUGUUUAUGUAUGUAAGGUGUCUCACAUCAGCCUCAAAGUUCCAGCUUUGGCCAAUUAUACUGUCAAAAUUGCAGACACAGACAAGAUUUUCCAUCUUCCCUGGUGGAUUUAUCUUUGUGGAGGAAUUCUUGUACUGCUUCUGGUUUUUUUAACAAUAUUAUGCUAUAAAUUACAUAAACACAAAGCUCAUAAAGACAAGGUUCAAAUGAAGUCCUGUUCACGGUGUAGUGAACCAAUAACAGCAAAGCCUAAAGAAAGAAAGAAACAAGAGCCAAUAAAAAAGAGCAUGGAGAUGACACCAAGGAACCCAAGUAGAACAGAAGAUGCUACAAAUGCCUCGGCAAAGAUCAAGAAACAUCACAAAAAGAGAAGAGAACCAAUGAGUAUCUGAUCUCAUUAAAUAAAAUAAAUAAAUUUUAUGGUAACUAUAGCUCAAGUAAUGCCAUCAAUGCUUAUAUUACAAUACACUGUCAUCAAAAUAUUUGGUGUUAAAAGUCAUUAAUUACUGCAUUUUAUUAUACUUAAUCUCUUCUUAAAACAUUGAUAAAGUAGUCAAAGUCAACAUGGUUUUGUUAAUGGGAAAUCUUACCUGACAAACCUUUUGGAAUUCUUAGAGGCAGUAACAGGCAGGAUAGAUAAAGGAGAGUCAGUAGAUGUUGUUUUCUUGGACUAUCAGAAAGGCUUUAACAAGGUGCCACACAUGAGGCUGCUAAACAAUAUACUGUAUAAGAGCUUAUGCUUUUAAUGGUAUUAGCAUGGAUAUGGGAUUGACUGACUAGCAGGAGGCAAACUAUGGGAACUUAGAAGUCUUUUCUGGUUGGCUGACAGUGGCUAGUGGUGUUCCGCAGAGAUCGGUUGGGACUGCUUCUUUUCCCAUUAUAUGUCAAUGAUUUGAUGAUGGUUUUGUGGCCAUGUUUGCAAAUGAUACAAAGGUAGGGAGGGUCAGGUAGUGUUGAGGAAGCAUGGAAUUUACAGAAGAACUUUGUCCAUUCUCCUAGUCUGUCUAAGAAGAGGCAGAUGGGAUACAUAUUCAGGAAGUGUAUGUUCAUACACUUUAGCAGAAGGAAUAAAAACAUAAUUUUAUAAGCAGGGAGCAGAUUCAGAAAUUAGAAGUACAAAUGGACUUGGUAGUGAAAGGGUAACUUGCAAGUUGAGUCAAUAGUAAGGAGGGCAAGUGGCACCGUACUCACUGGAGUUUAGAACAACGUAGAGGUGGUGUGGUGGGGGAUUUCAUUGAGGCCUUUGAAUAUUGAAAAGUUGCAAUGGUGUGGAUGUGGGAAAGGAUGUUUCCAAAAGUGUGGGAGUCUGGGACCAGAGGGCAUAGCCUCAGAAUAGAAAGAUGUCCCUUUAGAACUGAGACAAGGAGGAAUAUCUAUAAUCAGAAUGUGGUGAAUCUAUGGAAUUCAUUACAACAGACAGCUUUAGAGGUCAAAUCCUUGGGUAGAUUUAAAGUGCAGUUUGAUAGCUCCUGAAAUAGUGAGGAAAUCAAAGGUUAUGGGGAGAAGGCAGGAUAGUGGGGGCUCAAAGGGAUGAUAAGUCAACCAUGAUGGAAUGAUGGAGCGGAUCCAAUGAUCUGAAUGGCUGAAUUUUGCUCCUGUGUCUUAUUGGCUCACUGCUUUACUCUGAAACACUGCAGAAUUUUUUCUUUUAAAUGAUAGAAAUUGUCUUCAAAGAGCAUGCACAUAUGCCAGAUGAUUAGUUUUUGUAGGGAUUAUAAAAAUAUAAAUCCAUUUCAAGAGCUUUGUUCAGUAUGGGAUUUUUGUCCAAAAUAAAUGGUUUUGGCCACAUUUCAUCUACAGAAUAAGUGUUCUCCUUUAGCUGUCAUUGUGAGGAAUUCAGAAUUUAUUUCUGUCCUUUUAAGAAAAUUUUUGUGCUUGCACACAAGAUGUCUGACAGCAUCUGCUUUACUUUUUUUGUGUUUUUAUUUCUGUCACCAUCUUCUUUCCACACAUAUUAGAAACGCAUUGCUCAUUUCCAACCAGUAUAUUAAGGAUAUAUUUUAACUUUAUUCAGAUACUAUUUUUGGAUAAAAAUUUUAGUCGCAUACACUGAAGAAUUCAUCAUUUUCUUUGGACAUUGUGAAAUGCACUUGAUUGCUUAUUGAAAGUAUACUCUUAAUUCAGAACUGAUGAGAUAAGAGGGGUAUGUGAUCAGCAUUUGUAGAAAAUGCUAUGGAUGUUUAACAGGCUGACAGGAUCUGUGGAAAGCGAAAUUGCUAACAUUUCAGUUUGAAGAUCCUUCUUCAGAACUGGAGAAAUGAGAAAAUAAAUUUGUUUCAAUUUGUGGAGAUGAUUGGGUGAGACAGGAUUGCUGUGGAUAUAUGCAGUUUACAAACCUGCAUUUGUUUGAUUAAUGAUUGAAGCUAUAGUGAGAGCGGGACUGCAGAUGAAAUGAAAGGACAUGUGUAUUAUGAAAUGUUUGUCAAGUCUGUUGGAAAGAAGUGAAGCCAAAAGGAGAAAAUUGGAAAAGGCCAGCAAGAUCAUUCACUAUUUGUGGGGAGAGGAAACACUCCAUUCAUAUUAGAGAUAGAGAAACUUAUACCACAUUAAAUCUAUUCCAGAUUCAUUUGAUUGGAGUUUGAGAUUCAGAUUUCCAGGAUUUUGGUGAAAUAGUGAGAAUGCUUUGGGACUUGUAUUAAUCAUCUACUAUAAAAGGUAGCAAAGGCAAACAACCAUCUGCUUUACACUACCAGUGGCUGUGAAGGCCACAAUUGCCCUCAGUAUUGAUGCUACAUUACUUUUCGUAGUUAAUAGCAGAGAAUAUUUCUAUGUUUUGGUUUUAUGUUUUCUUGUAUUUUGCUGAAUUACAAUUACAUCAUCACACACUAACUGUUGUAGGCCAGCAGAGAGACAGGAGAGAGUGAAUUAGCCCCAUUAGCAAACUCUUUUGGUCAACAAGAAAUCAUUGAUUUUUUUUAAUACCUUUGUGUAUGAGGGAUUGUGGCUUGCUGCCUAUUUAUUUUGUAUCUGCUGUACAUUACAUAUGCUUUGUUUAAAUAACUGAUGUUAAUAUAAUGCUACUAAUCCUCACAGACUCUUGAGAUAUGAGUUGUGCACAUAAUUAAGCCAUUGUAUGUUUAUGCUUCAGAGCUGUUUUGUCUGUUUCCUUGUGAAAGCUAUAAAUAUAGACAAUCUGCAUAAUAGCAUAAAUGUCAAGAAACAAAUAUUGUGUCAUUUCACUUUAAAUAAAAUUAAAAUUUUCUUUGUACAAGCCAAAACUCUGAAUCUGUAAUUAAAGAGAAAUGGACACAUUGAUAUACCUCAAAACAAAGAUGGAUUUCUUAGAGAUUAAAGCAUAUGCAAUAUCAUUGCAUUCAGUCAAUCCAGUCAUGCUUGUGGAGAGUCCUAUGAAUUCAUGAGUUCAUUAUUUCAAUCUGUAUAUGAGAAAAUCAGAAAUAGGAGCAGGGAUAGGCCACUUAGCCCCUCAAGUCUGUGCCCAUUCAUAUGAUUAAAGACUGUGGCAUCUUCACUUCUAUGCUACUUACCCACCAUUCCCCGGUUUUUCAAAAGUUCAUUAGACAUGCCAGUGAUCUAAUUGCAGCAAUUUACAGCCCUUUGUGAGAAGAGGUUUGACUGUUUCUCACUUAUAAAUAGCUUCUUUCUAAUCUUAAAAACAGAUCUCUUGUUUGUGUCUGUCCCAGGAGUGGAAAUAUCUUGUCAUUUAGCCUACCAUUCUUACUAAGUAUCUUUGAAGAACUUCACUUACAGCCUGAAAAAUACCCAUUCCUUUGCUGAGGCCAAUAUCUGACCAACACCAAUUACAGUGGUGAUUCACGUUAUAAUUCUACACAUUUUAAUUCUACAUCCCAUUCCCAUUCUGAUAUGUCUAUCCAUGGCCUCCUCUACUGUCAAGAUGAAGCCAAACUCUGGUUGGAGGAACAACACCUUAUAUUCUGUCUGGGUAGCCUCCAACCUGGUGGUAUGACAUUGAUUUCUCUAACUUCCGUUAAUGUCCCUCCUCCACUUCUUACCCCAUCUUUUAUUUAUUUAUUGAUUGAUUGAUUUAUUAUUUAUUUCCCCUUUUUUCUCUCUCUGCCCCUCUCACAAUUAUGCCUUGCCUGCUCUCCAUCUCAUUCUGGUGCUCCCCUCUCCCUUUCUUUUUCCCUGAGCCUCCCAUCCUGUGAUCUUCUCCCUUCUCCAGCUCUGUAUCCCUUUUGCCAAUCAACUUACCAGCCCUUAGCUUCAUCCUUCCCCCCACCCGUCUUCACCUGUCAUUUUGGAUCUCCCCCUCCUUCCACUUUCAAAUCUCUUACUAUCUCUUCUUUCUUAGUCCUGAUGAAGGGUCUUGGCCCGAAACAUUGACUGUAGUUCUUCCUAUAGAUGCUGCCUGGCCUGCUGCAUUCCACCAGCAUUUUGUGUGUGUUGCUUGAGUUUCCAGCAUCUGCAGAUUUCCUUGUGUUUAGAGUGGUUAUUCACACUGGUUUGAUAUUCCCACCUAAAUAUGUAUGAUUGGUUUCAAUUUGGCCUUUUAGACUAAGACCAAAAACAAUAACUAAACAGUAACACCACAUAUUCAUUGUAUUAAGUAAAACUUUCAGUAUGUUGUUUGCCUUGAAAUUCAAUUAAUGAAUAUAUCUCCCUGUUCAAAUUCCCAGACCAGUCAAUCUUUUUCUCCUUUUCUUAAGAAACUGAAACAUUUCACAGCUGAAUAGUUCACAUUAUGUCACAAUGUUCACUUGUUGGUUACUUCCCUUAAGCCAAUAUGAAUGGCAAAGAAAUGUAACUAAGUAGUGAUGUACAGAGAAAUGAGACCAUCUUUUCAUAUUUU